CCGAGCUCCGCCUGGCCGGGCCUGGAGCACAGGGCGAGGCCAGGGCGGGGUCUCGGGCAAUCUCCUGCGGAUCCCGAGUGGAGCCGACUGCCGCAAAAGUGCACCGAGCCCGUGGAGUCUCCGCGCCCCGCAGCCUCCCCGGCUGGUCCCCCGCCUUGAGUGUGGGCCCCGCUGGGAUGCGGAGUCGCCGGGGCCUGGGCCAGCCGCGGGCCGGCCUCUAUCUGCUCCUGUUCUCGCUGCAGCUUCUGUCCCUGACGCAGGCCGACCUUGUGGAUGUGCUGAAGUCUCUGGGCAUGCGGGGGGGCCAGGCUGGGUUCCCUGAAGGGCCUGGCCUCUGCCCCCAGAGGACCUCGGGAGGUGACCGGGCAUUCAGGGUGGGCAAGGCCACCACGAUCGGUGUCCCCACGCGGGAGCUCUUUCAAGAUGGGCGCUUUCCUGAGAACUUCUCUGUGCUGAUCACUCUGCGGGGCCAGCCAGCCAACCAGUCUGCCCUUCUAUCCAUCUACAAUGAGGCCGGUGUCCGGCAGCUGGGCCUGGUGCUGGGGCCGGCUCUGGACCUCCUAGGUGACUCCUUCAGCCCCCUCCCCCAGCAGGUCAACCUCACGGAUGGCAGGUGGCACCGUGUGGCUGUCAGUGUGGACGGUGGGAUGGUGACCCUGGUGGUUGACUGUGAACCUCAGGCCCCCAUAUUGGGCCACAAACCUCGAUUCAUCAGCCCAGCUGGACUUACUGUGCUGGGGACCCAGGACCUCGGGGAGGAGACUUUCGAGGGAGAUAUUCAGGAGCUGCUGCUAAGUCCAGAUCCUCAGGCUGCCUUCCAGGCCUGUGAGAAGCACCUUCCUGGCUGUGACAACCCGGACCCUACAGCCACAGGGGUGCCCCAGGGGGAGCCAGAAACUGCCCCCCGUCGGCGGAAGGGAAAGGGAAAAGGAAAGAAAAAAGGGCGAGGUCGUAAGGGGAAGGGCAGGAAGAAGAAGAAUAAGGAAAAUUUGGCCCCGAGUCCACCUCCUGGCUCCCUGGAGAAUCAGACCUCCACUGACACCCUCAAGACAGAGACUCCAGCUCCAACUCUGCCUCUGCCUCCCACGCCUUUGGUCAUCAGCACUACUGUGGCCACUGGUAGCAAUGUCACCAUCCUAGAGGAGGGCCUGGACUCUGACAGUGGACCUGAACUAGGGACUCUGGAGACUGGGUUAGCCAAAGAAGAUGAAGAAGGUGGCCCCACCAUGGGCCCCCACUUCCGGGCAGCAGAACAGUCAUGGAAGACUCAGUUCCAGAUCUUUCCUGGCACUGGGGAGAAGGGAGAAAAAGGAGAACCGGCUGUGAUUGAACAGGGGCAACAGUUUGAAGGCCCUCCAGGAACCCCAGGACCCCGAGGGGUGGUUGGCCCCUCAGGCCCUCCUGGGCCUCCAGGAUUCCCUGGCGACCCUGGUCUACCGGGCCCUGCUGGCCUCCCAGGAAUUCCUGGCAUUGAUGGAAUCCGGGGUUUACCAGGCACUGUGAUCAUGAUGCCGUUCCAGUUUGCAGGAGACUCCCUCAAAGGACCCCCAGUCUCCUUCCAGCAGGCCCAGGCUCAGGCAAUACUACAACAGGCUCAGCUCUCUAUGAAAGGUCCCCCUGGCCCAGUGGGGCUCACAGGACGCCCAGGCCCUGUGGGUCUCCCUGGGUAUCCAGGUUUGAAAGGAGAGACGGGAGAAAUGGGGCCACAGGGUCCCCGAGGCCUUCAGGGACCUCAUGGGCCACCUGGCCGAGAGGGAAAGAUGGGCCGCCCAGGAGCAGAUGGGGCUCGAGGCCUCCCAGGGGACACAGGACCUAAGGGGGACCGGGGAUUUGAUGGCCUGCCAGGGCUGCCUGGCGAGAAGGGCCAAAGAGGUGACUUUGGUCAUGUGGGGCAACCUGGUCCCCCGGGAGAGAAUGGUGAUAAGGGAGCAGAGGGACCUCCAGGGCCCACUGGCCAGGCUGGGGAGCCGGGCCCCCGAGGACUGAUUGGCCCUAGAGGCUCCCCUGGCUCCCUGGGACGCCCGGGUGUAGUUGGAAUCGAUGGUGCUCCAGGUGCCAAAGGAAAUGUGGGUCCUCCAGGGGAACCAGGCCCUCCAGGACAGCAGGGAAAUCCUGGAUCUCAGGGAAUCCCCGGCCCCCAGGGACCCAUUGGCACCCCUGGGGAGAAGGGUCCACCUGGAAACCCAGGGAUUCCAGGCCUCCCAGGAUCCGAUGGCCCUCUGGGUCACCCAGGUCACGAGGGCCCGACAGGAGAGAAAGGGGCCCAGGGUCCAUCAGGAUCAGCAGGCCCUCCGGGCUACCCUGGACCUCGGGGUGUGAAGGGUACCUCUGGCAACCGAGGCCUCCAGGGGGAGAAAGGAGAGAAGGGAGAAGAUGGCUUCCCAGGCUUCAAGGGUGAUGUGGGGCUUAAAGGUGAUCGGGGGCACCCUGGACCCCCAGGUCCUCGGGGAGAGGAUGGUCCUGAAGGGCUGAAGGGGCAGGAGGGGCUGGCUGGUGAAGAGGGGCCCCCAGGUUUAGCUGGGGAGAAGGGCAAGCUUGGGGUGCCGGGUCUCCCAGGUUAUCCAGGACGUCCAGGCCCUAAGGGAUCUAUUGGCUUUCCUGGACCCCUGGGACCAUUAGGAGAGAAAGGGAAACGGGGGAAGGCAGGGCAGCCAGGCCUGGAAGGAGAGCGGGGACCACCAGGCUCCCGUGGAGAGAGGGGGCAACCAGGUGCCACGGGGCAGCCAGGCCCCAAGGGUGAUGUGGGCCAGGACGGAGCCCCUGGGUUCCCUGGAGAAAAGGGCCUCCCAGGUCUGCAAGGCCCUCCUGGGUUCUCUGGACCAAAGGGUCCCCCUGGCCCCCAGGGGAAAGACGGGCGACCUGGGCACCCUGGACAGAGAGGAGAAUUGGGCUUCCAAGGUCAGACAGGCCCACCUGGACCAGCUGGUGUUGUGGGUCCUCAGGGCAAGACAGGAGAAGCAGGGCCUCUGGGUGAAAGGGGGCCUCCAGGCCCCCCUGGGCCUCCUGGUGAACAAGGUCUUCCAGGUCUGGAGGGCAGAGAGGGGGCCAAGGGGGACCUAGGACCACUGGGACCCCUUGGGAAGGAAGGACCACCUGGACCCAGGGGCUUCCCUGGUCCCCAAGGAGCCCAGGGGGACCCAGGACCUACUGGUUUGAAGGGUGAUAAGGGCCCCCCAGGCCCCAUUGGGGCCAACGGCUCCCCUGGGGAGCGUGGUCCUGUAGGCCCAGCAGGCGGCAUUGGGCUUCCUGGCCAAAGUGGAGGCCAAGGCCCUGUUGGUCCCACGGGUGAGAAGGGGUCCCCGGGUGAACGUGGACCCCCUGGUCCCACUGGCAAAGAUGGGAUCCCAGGGCCCUUGGGGCUUCCUGGACCCCCUGGAGCUGCCGGGCCUUCUGGUGAGGAAGGGGACAAGGGGGAAGUGGGCUCCCCUGGUCACAAGGGCAGCAAAGGCGAUAAGGGAGAUGCGGGCCCACCUGGACCAACAGGGAUACGGGGUCCUGUGGGACACCCAGGCCCCCCGGGAGCAGAUGGGGCUCAGGGACGCCGAGGACCCCCUGGCCUCUUUGGGCAGAAAGGAGAUGAUGGAGUGAGAGGCUUCGUGGGAGUGAUUGGCCCCCCUGGCUUGCAGGGAAUGCCAGGCCCUCCUGGAGAAAAGGGGGAGAUUGGAGACGUAGGGUCCAUGGGUCCCCAUGGAGCUCCAGGCCCUCGGGGUCCCCAUGGCCCCAGUGGAUCAGAGGGUCCUCCUGGGCUGCCUGGAGGAGUUGGUCAGCCAGGCGCUGUGGGUGAGAAGGGUGAGCCAGGGGAGGCUGGUGACCCAGGACCCCCAGGACCUCCAGGCAUCCCUGGUCCCAAGGGAGAAAUUGGUGAAAAGGGGGACUCUGGCCCAUCUGGGGCUGCUGGACCCCCAGGCAAGAAAGGCCCCCCUGGAGAGGAUGGAACAAAAGGGAAUGUGGGCCCCACAGGGCUCCCAGGAGACCCGGGUCCCCCUGGAGACCCUGGAGUUUCAGGUCAAGAUGGCUCCCCAGGGGAGAAGGGAGACCCUGGUGAUGUUGGGGGACCGGGUCCACCUGGCGCUUCUGGGGAAGCUGGCCCCCCGGGGCCCCCUGGCAAAAGGGGUCCUUCUGGUCGCAUGGGUCGAGAAGGCAGAGAAGGGGAGAAAGGCGCAAAAGGGGAACCAGGUCCUGACGGGCCCCCAGGGAGGACAGGCCCAGUAGGGGCUCGAGGGCCCCCUGGGCGUGUAGGGCCUGAGGGUCUCCCAGGGAUUCCUGGUCCUGUGGGUGAACCAGGCCUCCUGGGACCUCCUGGACAGUUGGGACCCCCUGGCCCCCUGGGGCCGUCUGGCCUUCCAGGGCUGAAGGGAGAUGCUGGCCCCAAGGGGGAAAAGGGCCACAUCGGAUUAAUUGGCCUCGUUGGCCCCCCUGGGGAGGCUGGUGAGAAAGGGGAUCGGGGGUUGCCAGGAGUGCAGGGCCCCCCUGGCCUCCAGGGAGAACCUGGCUCUCCUGGUCCCAUCGGCUCUCUGGGCCACCCUGGGCCCCCAGGUGUGGCGGGUCCUCUAGGACAGAAGGGCUCAAAGGGGUCCCCGGGAUCCCAAGGUCCCCGUGGAGACACUGGACCCCCAGGCCCCCCAGGCCCCCCUGGUCCCUCUGCCGAGCUACACGGGCUGCGCCGGCGCCGGCGCUCGAUCCAGGGACCGGGGGCCCUGGAGGACGGCCUGGAGGAGGUGCUGGCUUCGCUCACGUCUCUGAGCAUCGAGCUGGAGCAAAUGCGGCGCCCUCCAGGCACUGGGGUCCGCCCCGGCUCAUCCGCCCGGCCUGGCUCUGCGGCAGGGGAAUACUGGAUUGACCCCAAUCAGGGCUGCGCACGGGACGCGAUCAGGGUUUUCUGCAACUUCACGGCGGGAGGAGAGACCUGCCUCUACCCGGACAAGAAGUUUGAGACCGUGAGUGCCUCUGGGGAGAUCGGCCCUGGAACCACUGAUGGCUGGAUGGCUGGUGGGGCUGCUAAAGAUGAGGAUGGAGCAGAGGGAGCAGGUCUGCAGUGGAUGGAGAGCCUGGGAGGUGGGUUCCCCAGAAAGAGUAGAGGCGAGUGGAGUAUCCUCACCUCCUCUUUGUCCCACCCCCAGUUCUCCUACGUGGAUGCUGAUGGGUCCCCAGUGAACGUGGUACAGCUGAACUUCCUGAAGUUGCUGAGUGCCACGGCCCAUCAGAGCUUCACAUACUCCUGCCAAAACUCAGCUGCCUGGCUGGACGAAGCUGCAGGCGACUAUGGUCGCUCCCUCCGUUUCCUCGGGACCAACGGGGAGGAGCUAUCCUUCAACCAGACAGUAGCAGCCACCAUCACUGUCCCCUAUGAUGGCUGCCGGCUCCGGAAGGGACAGACGAAGACCCUCUUGGAGUUCAGCUCUUCCCGAGUGGGGUUUCUGCCCCUGUGGGACGUGGCAGCCUCUGAUUUUGGCCAGACGAACCAGAAGUUUGGGUUUGAACUGGGACCUGUCUGCUUCAGCAGCUGAGAGCUUCGGGGGGUGGGAGGGACAAGUGAGGGAGCCCCAGACAGGGCACGUUUGGUGCUGAGGCUUUGAAGCCACCAUAUUUAUCGUCUCCAAUGACUGUGGAGCCAGGGGAGAGUCUGCUCAUCACGGUCAAGCAGUAUUCCUUCUCCAUUCCAGGAGUCUGGGUGCUGGACUCCCCUGGCCCAUGAGUCCAGUUUCCCUGCACUGCACCCCAGCUGGCAUAAUGGUAGACUGGCUCUUUCUCCCCUCCAUGCUCACUGAACAAUCAACUCCCUCCCCUUGAACCUCCAUGCAAUGAACUUCUAACUCAGAGCUGAUGAAUGCCCCCCAUGCCUGCCUCCCACCCCUCAGUCAGUGCUCUCAACACCCUUUGGUGCUACCUUCCCCAUAGUUAAGCACUGGAUGUCUCCUGAUCCCAGGCUGGGACUCCUUCACUCAUUUCUAUUUUCAGGUGGGUUCACAGUGAAGGGACUGAAGUCAGACCACAGAGGGAAGUGGGACUUCCCUGGACUGAGCUGUGUGCUCCUGCUGCUGCCUCAGCCCAGCUCUAAAUACUGCCUCCCUCCGUAUCUCCCCCCAGCGCACCUUGCCAUGCCAGAUGGUUUGGGGGACCAAGAUGGUGGGCGUAAGUCAGGAUCCUAAUGGUGCUGCCCUAUUUAUACCUGGGUCUGUAUUAAAAGGGAAAAUCCCCUCUGUUAUAUAUUUAAUCUGCUUCCUCCUUAGAAAGGCUGGGAUAUGAUGAGAGAGAUUCUAGCAGGACCCCAUCCCUGCCCCCCGGGCCAUAGGGCAUAAUUGGCAUCUCAAGUCUGAGAAUAAACUAGUAAACUGUG